UUGUUUCUGAUGACAUAGCUGUGUUCCUAGGAGUUAAACAUGGCAAGUAAAGUGGGGAAACAGAACCGCUCAAGUUCUGGGUUAUCUGGGAGGAAAGGAGCUGGGGAGCAGGAGGAGGAGGAGCAGCCGCUGCAGGCCGUUUUAGUUGCUGACAGCUUUAACCGGAGGUUUUUCCCGGUGACCAAAGACCAGCCGCGGGCUUUGCUGCCCCUCUGUAACACUGCUAUGAUAGACUACACCUUGGAGUUCCUCACCUCCACUGGUGUCCAGGAAACAUUCGUCUUCUGCUGCUGGAUGGCCAGUAAAAUCAAAGACCACUUGUUGAAGUCAAAGUGGUGCAGACCCUCCUCUCCAAACACAGUCCACAUCAUCACCUCAGAGCUGUACAGAUCUCUUGGAGAUGUGCUCAGGGAUGUUGAUGCUAAGUCUCUGGUGCGCUCUGACUUUGUGUUGGUUUGUGGAGAUGUGGUGUCCAACAUUGACAUCAGUCAGGCCCUGCAGGAGCACAGGCACCGGCGAAAGACAGAGAAAAACAUCUCAGUCAUGACUAUGAUCUUUAAGGAGUCCUCACCAGGUCACAGGUCCCGCUGUGAAGAGGAUGAUGUUGUCGUGGCAACGGACAGCAAGAGUCAGCAGAUCUUACACUACCAGAAGACACAAGGGCUGAAGAAGCUACAUUUUCCAAUGAAUAUUUUCCACAGUGGGAGUGAUGAGUUUGAAAUCAGGCAUGACCUCCUGGACUCUCACAUCAGCAUCUGCUCUCCACAGGUCGCCGAGCUCUUUACGGAUAACUUUGAUUAUCAAACCAGAGACGAUUUUGUCCGAGGGAUACUGGUCAAUGAGGAGAUUCUCGGCAAUCAGAUCCACAUGCACGUCACCAAGGACGGCUACGGUGUCCGCGUGUCCAACUUGCUCAUGUACGAUUCCGUGUCGUCAGACUUUGUGCGUCGCUGGUUCUACCCCCUAACACCCGAGUCCAACUUCACGGACCAGGAGGGACGCAGCUGUACUUACUCUCGCCACAAUGUCUACCGGGGAUCCGGGGUCAGCCUGGGCCACGGCAGCCAGAUGGAACAAAAUGUUCUCAUUGGCUGCGACACCAGCAUAGGUGCCAACUGCUUCAUCUCUAACAGCGUCAUUGGUGACAACUGCGUCAUAGGUGACAAUGUAACGCUGGACCACGCCUACAUCUGGAAUAAUGUUCACAUCGCCAGCAAUGUGGUGAUCAGACAGUCUGUGGUUUGCGACAAGGCCGAGGUCAAGGAGAGGGUGACCCUUAAUAAGCAGUGUGUCCUGUCAUAUGAUGUAAGCAGAAUAACGUUUCUAUUUAGGUACCCGGCCCAUACAGGCUUUAUGACAUUAUUCACAUUUGAGAAGUAG